AUGAUGUCCAGUUUACACAUGAUAGAAGAAACACCAACUGAUACGUUCUCAUAUAUUUCCGGACAAGAAACAGACACAACGACAAAUACCGAGUUCACAUUAUAUCCAGAACAAACUUCUACUCCCUAUUCAUAUAAUCAAACGUUCAUCAUAACAUCUGACAGUACAAGUCCAUUAACACAAAAUAAUUCUACUUCACCUUCAACAACUUCUACUCCAGCAUCAACAACAAAUUAUGUUGUGAUUGUCGCUUCAAGUAUUGCUGGUGGUGUUGUAUUUAUAGGUAUAGUACUAAGCAGUGUAUAUUAUGUCAGAGUAAUUCGGCCCGAUCGUGUGAGAAAAGUAAAACCAGUUGACGAUAUAAUGAUCGAAGAUUUAGGCAGAAAAGUGAAGAAUACAAUAACAGCGGUUGUCGUGUAA